UCCUCUCCACCCCUUCUCCCUCCAAUAAUUCUCUCCUCGCCUCUCAGCACCAGCACCAGCAGCAGCAGAGAGCGCCAUCUCCAAUAAUCCCCCAUGCCCGCGCGCCUCCCCCGGCCAGAUCCUCCGCGAGCCGGCGCGGAGCUGGGGGCGUAGGUAGAGCGAGGAGCUGGUUUGGUUGAUCCGUCGCUGGGAGUGGCCGGAUCGAUGGGCGGGGAGGCACCUGAGCCGCGGCGGUUGGACCGCGCGAUGAGCUUCGGCGGCGCGGGCGGCGUCCCCGAGGAGGCGCUGCACCUGGUGCUGGGGUACGUCGAGGACCCGCGCGACAGGGAGGCGGCGUCGCUCGUGUGCCGACGGUGGCACCGCAUCGACGCCCUCACGCGGAAGCACGUCACCGUGCACUUCUGCUACGCGGCGUCGCCCGCGCGCCUGCUGGCGCGGUUCCCGCGGCUCGAGUCGCUCGCCGUGAAGGGGAAGCCCCGCGCCGCCAUGUACGGGCUCAUCCCCGACGACUGGGGCGCGUACGCCCGCCCCUGGGUCGCCGAGCUCGCCGCGCCGCUCGAGUGCCUCAAGGCGCUCCACCUGCGCCGCAUGGUCGUCACAGACAACGACCUCGCCGCGCUCGUCCGCGCCCGCGGACACAUGCUGCAGGAACUCAAGCUCGACAAGUGCUCCGACUUCUCCACCGACGCCCUCCGCCUCGUCGCACGUUCCUGCAGAUCACUUAGAACAUUGUUUCUGGAGGAAUGCAUAAUUGCUGAUAAAGGUACUGAAUGGCUGCAUGACCUUGCUAUCAACAAUCCUGUUCUGGUGACAUUGAACUUCCACAUGACCGAGCUCACAGUGGUGCCAGAUGAUCUAGAGCUUCUUGCAAAGAAUUGCAAGUCACUAAUUUCAUUGAAGAUCAGUGACUGUGACUUUACAGAUUUAAUUGGGUUUUUCCGGAUGGCCAAAUCAUUGCAAGAGUUUGCUGGAGGGGCAUUCAUUGAGCAAGGGGAACUCACUAAGUAUGGAAAUGUUAAAUUUCCUUCAAGGAUGUGCUCCUUAGGACUUACGUACAUGGGAACAAACGAGGUGCCCAUCAUCUUCCCUUUCUCUGCAAUACUAAAAAAACUGGACUUGCAGUACACUUUCCUCACCACUGAAGAUCACUGUCAGCUCAUUGCAAAAUGUCCCAACUUACUAGUUCUUGCGGUGAGGAAUGUGAUUGGUGAUAGAGGAUUAGGGGUUGUUGCAGACACAUGCAAGAAGCUACAAAGGCUCAGAGUUGAGCGAGGGGAUGAUGAUCCAGGUUUGCAAGAAGAACAAGGGGGAGUUUCUCAAGUUGGGUUGACAGCAGUAGCUGUAGGAUGCCGUGAGCUGGAAUACAUAGCUGCCUAUGUAUCUGAUAUCACAAAUGGGGCCCUGGAGUCUAUUGGGACUUUCUGCAAAAAUCUGUGUGACUUCCGGCUUGUCCUACUUGAUAGAGAAGAGAUGAUAACAGAUUUGCCAUUGGACAAUGGUGUACGUGCACUACUGAGGGGUUGCACCAAACUUCGGCGGUUUGCUCUAUACUUGAGACCAGGGGGACUUUCAGAUGCAGGCCUUGGUUAUAUUGGACAGUACAGUGGAACCAUCCAAUACAUGCUUCUGGGUAAUGUUGGGGAAACAGAUGAUGGUCUAAUCCGGUUUGCAUUGGGGUGUGUGAACCUGCGGAAGCUUGAGCUAAGAAGUUGCUGCUUCAGUGAGCAAGCUUUAGCUCUCGCCAUUCGGAGUAUGCCUUCACUGAGAUACGUAUGGGUGCAGGGCUACAAAGCCUCUCAAACUGGUCGUGAUCUCAUGCUCAUGGCCAGGCCCUUCUGGAACAUAGAAUUUACACCUCCCAGUUCUGAGAAUGUGAAGGAAGACGGUGAACCCUGUGUAGAUAGUCAAGCUCAGAUACUUGCAUACUACUCCCUUGCUGGGAAGAGGUCGGACUGCCCACAAUCUGUGGUUCCUCUGUAUCCUGUGUGACUGUAAAUACGCAAAGCGGGUAUCUCUCUGCUCUGCUACGUUCUUGCCUUUUUUGGGUGAUACGCUUGUCGAUAUGUGGUUAUUGUAUGGGUCUAGAUGGCUAGCUGCUAUGUACCGUAAUAAGCUACUGGUAGCUGAGAUGUACUGGAAUAAGCACUGCUAUUUUCCCUGUACUACUAUCUAAUCCUAGGAAGAUGUAUACUAAUAAACACGCUGUGACACUACUUGCUUGCUCA